AUGAACGAAGGUAAAAAUAUUUUGAAGUUUGAUAAAUUAGUUUAUGAAGUUAAAAAUAAAGAUAAAGAGAUACAUACAGAAUACGCAAGAAUUAUUAACGGAUUAUCUGGUCAGGUAGAAUCAGGAAAGAUUACAGCUGUUAUGGGUGCUAGUGGAUGUGGUAAGACACAUUUCUUUGAAUUAUUGAUUGGUAAUUUAGCAUCAAACUGUAAGACAUCAGGGAAUAUAACUUAUAACGGAAAAGAGAGGGAUUGGAAGGAAUGGAUAAAUAAAAUAGCUUUUUUACCACAAGAAGAUAUUUUUUAUCAAGAUCUUACACUUUUUGAAUCGAUUAUGUACAAUCUAUCAUUUAAUAAUGCUACGUCGUACAAGGAGAAUGUUGAAAUUGCUAAUGAGGCCAUCGCAAUUAGUAAUAUUACGAAUAAAAAAGAUGCUAUACUUAAGUCUUUAUCGGGAGGUGAAAGAAAAAGAGCUAUGGUAGCCAUAACACUUGCUAAUAAUCCAGAAAUUUUAAUUUUAGAUGAACCCACAACAGGAUUGGAUUCUAGUAGUGCUCUUAAAAUUGUUGCAAGUCUUAAAAACUACGCCGAAAAAAAUAAUAAAAUAGUAAUUAUGACUGUUCACCAACCCGGAGAUGGUCUUUACAGUUAUUUUGGAGAUUUAAUUUUUUUAACUCGUGGCGGAUUAUUUUACAUAGGAAAGGCGGAUAAAAUUGACGAAUUUUUAUUUGAGAAUGGCAUAGAGCCACAUGGUAAAUAUUCGACUUCGGAAUUCUUGUUUCUGCUGCAUUCAAAUGAAGAAAUUUCUGCAAAAUGCAAAAAUAAACUAUAUGAUAUUGAACAAAAGAAUACGGUAAGAGAACAAUUAUCCGAACCAGAUGCAUGUAACAAUAACAAGGUAUUUUUUUGGAAUAUUAAUUUAAGGCAUUCAUAUAUUCUUUUUAAGCAUAACUUAAAGUUACUUUAUCGUAGUCCUGGUUAUAAAAAAACUUUGACUGCUUAUCUACUUUGCGUUGCUUAUUUCUCCAUGCAGCUAAUGUAUUCAUCAUUUGGAAAAUUCGCUAAUGAUUUUGCCUCUUUAAAAAAAACGCCAAAUUUUAAUUUAGGAACUGCCGACAAAAUAACUUUGGCUUAUUCUUUUUAUACAUAUUUUAUUAUAUUAACUGUUGUUGUAUUUACAGUAGUAUAUAAUAUUCAUCGGCAAGAACACAAUAUUUGGAAUUCAGAGAUUUUUAAUGGAAAAUAUUCAGUAUUGUCCUAUUACUUUUAUGACAUAAUGCAACGGUUUGUAGCUUCCACUUUUUUUUUAAAUUUUAUAUUUUUAAUAUUGUUACUUCUUAAUAGAAAUGCGUACGUUCCGAUGAUAAUAAUCCUAAUUUUAUAUGUUUUCACUUUGUUGUCUGUACUUUUACUUUCGAUCGUUCACUCAUUAAUAGCAGCGUAUACUUUUGGACCAAAAAUGACUACGCUUUUAUUGGUGUGGCAUAAUGUGUUGGUUUACCUUCAGCAUGAUUCGAUUAACCUUUGGAUACGUAAUUUGUUAAAUUCUAUUGAUAAGAGCUUUUUGCCUUACGUAAUGUGUAUCAAGUUUAUAUAUCCAUCUUUUCUAUUUGAUAUGUAUAUGAACAAUUUAAUCAGAUAUCGGUAUCUAAGUGCAAAGUUGCCUUUUAAAUUAUUGAAAAUUUACCAGAACUUAAAGUAUGAUAGCUCAAGAAGUACUUUAUUAAACGUUGCAGAUUUAUUUAUACAAAAAAUGAUUUUUAAUAAUGUAAAUUAUACAAAGGAUCCGCAUGCCUUGUUAUCAAUUUAUAUAAUUAAGUUAAAGCUUAGCUGGCUAAAAUACAUGAUACCUAUUAAUAGUGUAGGUCUGAUAACGUUAACAAUAUUUUUGAUAGUGCACUUUAAAGUUCCAAACAUAAGAACUAAUUUAAAGAGAUAA